UGGGCUGCCACUUUUUCGUGAUACUAAAUUUACAGUUUUCCUUCUCGUAAAAAAAUUGAGUCUUGGCUCCAUAGAGAAUCGGAACAUUUAGCUCUCUUUGCGCCUGAGUCGGUCGCAGAUUAACAAGUCAAUCCAUCAGUGAAGCUAUGGCGGAUCCUUUCUCCUUCCUGGGCAGCUACACCACGUUCCUCAAGCGCGACAAUCCUCUUCCUUCGUGGACCGACGCUGACGUGGAGGAGUUCAUUUCAUCUGACGCCGUUCACGGACCCGCGCUGAAGUCUGCUCGAGAAGUGGCUCAAUUUGGUGCUAUAGGAAGCAUCGUUGGAGGUGUUACAACUGCAGGGUGGGCUUGGAAGUACUCUAAGAGCCCCCAUGGUGCUUUACUGUCUCUUGGAUUUGGUGCCGUGUGUGGUUGGACGUUUGGGCAUGAAAUUGGAAGCCACUGGCUGCAGCUUUACAGGUAUAACACUGUGGAUGCACAAGCUAAGUUCUUGGAGUGGUGGCAGAAUAAAGCUGGAGGGCAGUCUUAAAUUUUAUCACUAGCUGGUUGUUCCUCUCCUAUCAAUAAUAAGAUUCAUUUUUUGUGCUUGGGUUCCAUGAUGUGGUUUUGGAAGCUUUUGGAGCCGCAAAGUUGGUUUAAAUUUAUAAUAUGUGAACUGGAAUGCUGCUGCUAUUAUGUGUGUAUUUUUUUUUUCGUUCUGCUUUGGAUCUGCCAAAUGAAGUUUUCCAGCUUUAACUAUUACCAUAUUUAGUUUUUUUUUUGUAUUAUCCGGGUGUCGGGAAUCCAACAUAUUUAGUCAUGAAUCCAA